GUAAGGUGUGUGUUAGAUGUGUGUGUGUGUGAUGCUGUAACACACAUGGAGAGAACUGUGAGCUGUAAGUGCUUCAUACUUCUGAUCCUGCUGUUCCUGGAUUCAUUACUGUGUACUCAACGCGACAACGGAGGCUGGGGACUGACCUCUAGUCUUACUGAUGAAGGAAACUGCAACAUCGACAUCAGAGACGCCAACACCAUCUCACACACGGAGUUCCUGCAAGAUUAUGCCUACAGUAAACCUGUGAUAUUAAGAGGUAUUACAGAUAACACAAAAUUCCAGUUCUUAUGUUCGAAGCAGAGCCUGCUGAGAGAGUACCGGGACCGAAUGGUCCGUCUGAGCACGGCCAACACACACUCCUACAGGAAAGUGGACGUGCGGUUUGAGGAGUUCGUCACGGCCCUGUUGACCCCUCAAUCUGAAGACACCUUGGGAAGUGACACGCUGUACUUCUUCGGCGAUAAUAACUUCACCGAAUGGCGUGCUCUGUUCGAGGAGUACGAAGCCCCGUCCUACGGUCUUCCACACACCAGGCCGGCGUACAGCUUCGGCAUCGCAGGUCCUGGUACUGGUGUUCCGUUCCACUGGCACGGUCCUGGCUACUCUGAGGUCAUCUAUGGUAGAAAGCGCUGGUUCCUGUACCCUCCUGAUCAAGCUCCCGAGUUCCACCCCAAUCAUACCACGCUGAUGUGGAUCAAACAUUCCUACCCCAACCUGGAGGAACACAACACACCACUGGAGUGUACCAUUCGACCAGGAGAGGUGCUGUAUUUUCCAGAUCGAUGGUGGCACGCUACACUGAACUUGGACACCAGCAUCUUCAUCUCCACCUUCCUGGGCUGAACGCUCGAGAUUUGGACUGACCACAUGAUGGGUCAACCACAGCUUUUCAUUUACUUACAUCAUUCCAAGAAGAGCUUCUAAUACUGACCAACAAGACCCCUCAACGUACCAAUUUCUGACUCACUGACGUCAAAAGAACCAAUCAGCUCCUGUUCCUUCGUGGAACAUCACCCAGUCAGUGAUAUAUGAGAGCUUAUGUCCAGAUGUGUCAUUUGGACCACCAAUUCGAUCAUUUAUCAUGUGCCAACGUACCAUGAAGGUACCAGCUACCAGGUAGCUGUUUGCAUGGACCAGUUAUAGCUUUUGAAUUAGUAACAUUACAUUAAGUGGACCAAUCAGCGCUCUUUAAUGACAAACAACAUACCUGGUAGGGCCACCAAGAGCUCCAGUCAGAGCUCCUCACAGAAGGACAUCAUGCUUGGCUGGACCAAUCAGAGCUCCUCACAGAAUGCUUGGCUGGACCACAGAAAGGUCAUAUCGUGCUGGUGGUCCAACAAAACCAUUAAAGCUCCUUUCUGAUAGAUGUCAUUCCUGGUUGGACUACAAGAGCUCCAACUGAGCUCCUUACUGACUGACAUGCCUGGUUGGACCACAAGACGUCCAACGGAGCUCCUUACUGACUGACAUGCCUGUUUGGACCACAAGACCUCCAAUGGAGCUUUGUACUGACUGACAUGCCUGUUUGGACCACAAGACCUCCAAUCAGAAGCUCAAGAAGACCAAUUAGACCAGCCACAGCUCCUUAUUUCAACAGCACCAGUGAUCACCACUUUCAACCAUCACACCAAGAUGCUCUCCAAACUGAGCUCCACUAAAUACCGGGCACGUGUACCAGUCUUGGUAUGUAGGCAUUGUUUUUAUUUAUUUUUAAGCAGCUAAAGCACUUAUGAAGUGACAUUGUAUCAAGAACACCAAUCAGAGCUUCAGCUUUACAGUAAUUACACCUGGAGGACCAAUCAGAUGAGCCGGAGAGUUGACCAAGAUUUUUAAUGCCUUGUUAGUCUUUAAAUCAGUGAAACUGAGUCGUUUUUUGUGGUCUUGGUUUAGGAUAAAUCGUUAGUUAUGAUUUUAUGAUCCAGUAAAUAUAUGGAAAGCUGUUUUUUUUAUUGUUGUACCCUGAAAUGUGAUUUUUAAACAAUUAAAGAUAAUUUAUACUGAAUA